AUGGUCGACCUGCCGGCCCUGCUUAUCAGCGUCUCGUUCUUGGGCGACACCAAACCGCACCAUCGGCGCCGCGUCCUCAAGCAAGCUAUCAACCAGCUGCCUGAAGCGACGCGGAGCAGAGUGUACGGGCUGUCUCGUGGAACAGCCGAGCACGAGGUGGAUGCGGUUCUGGGGCCGAACUCCCACACGGUCAUGGUGGGGGAUGAGGAGGUACAUGUUGGUUUGUUUACUGAGGUUGCGAGGAUCAACCAUUCAUGCAGGCCAAACGCAUACUACCGCUUCUCAGAGCGCCGCCUGACCAUGGAAGUAGUCGCAUAUCACGCCAUCGAGCCCGGCGACGAAAUCACCCUGAGCUACGUGCCCCUCGAAACUCCUUCCCCCGUCCGCCGCCAAUACCUGAAAUCCCACUGGGGCUUCGACUGCACCUGCCCGCUCUGCACCGGCCCGACGCCCGAUCUGGAUGAAUCCGAGGCCUGGCGACAGAAGAUCAAGAGCCUGCGGGAGACAAUCGCGAACGCGCGGAGCGAAGGGUUCUACCACGACGCGAUCGUCAUGACGGAGGAGUGGCUCAUGUUUGGCGAGUGGGAUAUGCAGCCGCCGCUCAUGGCCGCGUACUACGACACGCUGGCCGAUCUGUAUUUCCUGAAGGGGGACAUGGUCAACGCGACGCGGCAUGCGCGCAUGGCGGUGGAUGAGUGGGUUAGGCUGGGGAGUGUGGAUGAUGAAGGGCUGGAGAAGGCUAGGGUGUUUCUUGGACGGUUGUUACUAGAGGCCUCGGAUGGGAGACAUAGACGCGGAUGA